UGCGUUUGAGAUGUUCCUUCGGCACCUUUCCCGACGCGUUCGCACCCGCACGACGACGCUAGCGACGGCCUUCUCAAGCAAGUCUACGGUCAUGCCCCUCGUAGACAUCGCGCCGCUCCUCGACGCGUCGUCGACCAAGGCGGAGCGUCAGCCGGCUCUCGAUGCCAUGCGCGACGCGUGCGCGUCGGUCGGCUUCUUUACGAUUCCCGUCUCGGUUCUGCCGCAUGGCCUCGUCGAGCGCGUUUACAGCCGGGCGGAUGAGUUCAACGCGCUCCCGACCGACGUCAAGCACAAGUACCAUGUCAACAAGGUGCCGAACUCUCGCGGGUGGACACCGCUCUUUGAGGAGCCCUCGUAUGUGCCCGGCGUCGUUUCGCACUUGGAAGGCUAUGACAUUGCGCAAGAGCUCCCUGCUUCGUUCAUGGAGCACGACAAAGGCCUCGGCCCAAAUGUGUGGCCUGCCGAGCUUCCAGCGUUCCGCGACGACGUCAUGGGCCUCUACGACGCAACGACCAAGGUUUCGAACGCUCUUUUUGAAGGGUUUGCCGAAAUGCUCGACCUGCCGAGGGAUACCUUUCGCAAAUUCAACACGACCGAGGCGCAGGCGUGCAUGCGACUGCUCACGUACCCCGAGAACAGCGCACCGAUGGACGACCGCAAUGUCGGCAUCGCUGCCCAUACGGAUUUCGAGUGCUUUACGAUCAUCCACCAGAACAAUGCAGGCUUGCAGCUGACGACGCGGGACGGGCAAUGGACGGACGCACCCGUGAUGGCCGAUCGCCUCGUCGUGCUGGUCGGCGAUGUGCUAGAGCGCUGGACGAAUGGCACGCUAAAAGCAACCCCGCACCGUGUCUUGAACACGCAGGCCAAGCGCCAAUCGAUCGUGCGCUUCAAUGGUGCCGAGGGCAAGGCCGUGAUUGCACCGCUGCCGCCGUUUGUGUCGUCGACGUCGCCGGCCAAGUUUGCGCCCGUGACACAACGCCAGCACAUUGAGAACGAGCUCAAUACGGCGUACGACAACCUCGAGUCGAGUCGCAAGGACAUCCAGCAGCAGCUGUGAGUGCGUAGCAUCAAUCUACAUUUCGUUCACUUCGUUGCAUGCCACUGCAGUUCAUGCG